UGAUGCAUACCCGCGCAAGCUUACAUGUGGGGUUCAUGCAUCUGUUCUCCGCAUGCAAGGAUUCUUAUCGUGCUUUGGCGAAGGAGGAACCUAUACUUAAACUGAGGCUUGAAUUACUCGAGCUGCCGAAUGAUAUUUGUUCCAGUGGGCUACAGCAAAUUGCUAUAUAUCACCAGUACCUCACGGUGUCUGUGCUGACGCACCACCAAGCCCACUUCGUCAGGACGGCGACCACCACCACGGGACUACAACUUACCUCGACAUCUUAACUCGACAACAAGAUUCAUCUACUGAGUUAUCAGAACCUCCAUCAUGGCUCACAUCUUCCAAGUCGAAACAGACGACGGCAUCUCCUGGUACGUCGAACAAUCCGGCACCGGCCCACACAUCCUCCUCGUCCCCUCCGGCGAAGGCGAUUGCUCCGUCUACGCCAAAGCCGCCUCUCACCUCUCUUCCCACUUCACAGUUACAACCUUUGACCUCCCCUGCUUCUCCCGCACAAUUGCUCCUCACUCCGCCGUCGCAGCCGAAACCCUCACGCCCUACAAAAUCGCCGACCAAAUCGUGUCUUUAAUGGACAAACUCUCCAUCUCUACCGCAUCUGUCUUCGGAAGUAGCUCAGGCGGUAACAUCGGGUUCGCGAUGCUACAGAAAUACGAUCAGAGAGUGGAGAAAUUGCUCGUGCAUGAAGUUCCUUUGCAUGUUUUGGGAGAUCUUAAAUCUUGGGUUGAUCAACCCACAUCUGAGGAUCCUAAGACGGUCGCUACGUGUCAGCACAUCUUCGCUCAUGCUAUGAAUGAGGAUUUGGCGGCUUGGGAAGGAUUGGGAGCUGAGUAUCAUAAGAGGCUACAUACGAAUUAUGUUACCUGGUACAGGAACUAUUCGCCAGUUGUAGAGAAACUACUUUGGGAUAAGGAAGAGUUGAAGAAGAAGAAGGAGAGGAUCUUUUGGAGUGUGGGGGGCUUGAUGCCACUAAGUUGGUUCUGGGAGAAUGUAGUAUUGGCGACGGAGACUGGAGUUAAGUUGGAGGUGUUGAACAGCAAGCAUUUUCCGCAGGUGAGUAUUCCGGGAGAGUUGGCAGAGUACAUAAAGAAGUGCCAUUUGUGAAAUCUUAGGAGUGUAUCUUCCACUAAUUCCCAGGCAAGACUCGACCCCGCCAUACGUACAUAGAGAGUGGCCUUGUCGUUUGUCUAGUAUAUUUAACAUUAAUCUA